AUGAACUCUAGCUCCAUGAACCGCAACACAGUUGAACCACUCACUGGUGUCAACUACAAAAAAUGGAAACAAGACUUGGAGAUAGUUUUAGGUGUCAUUGAUAUGGACCUAGCACUGAGAACUGAGGAACCCCCAUUGCCUAUUGAUGGUUGCACUUCGAGCCAAAGAUCAAAGUAUGAAAAGUGGCAGAAGUCAAACAGAAUUUCAUUGAUAAUAAUCAAGAGAUCCAUGACAGAUGUUAUUCAUGGAGGAUUUCCAAAGUCUUCAAACGCACAUGAGUUUAUGAAAUCCACCGAGGAGAAGUACAAAGAAUCCAAGAAGACUAAAACUGGCAAUCUUAUGAAUUCACUCACAUCAAUCAGGUAUGAUGGUGAAGGAAGUGUACGUGAAUAUAUACUCAUAGUAAUCGACAUUGCUGGAAAGCUAAGAAACCUUGAGGUACCAAUUUUUGAAACCUUUUUGGUUCAUGUCAUGAACUCUCUGCCAGAUUUUUAUACUCAGUUGAAGGUCUCUUAUAAGGCUUUGCAAGCUAAAUGGGAUGUGAAUGAAUUGAUUUCGAUUUGUGUGGGUGAAGAAGUGAGAAUUAAAAAGGAAAUAACUGAAAGGAGAAGAUUGAAUCUGUGA